AUGAAUAUAACCCCAUGGGAAGUAACGGGAGCAGAGGAUGGUAAUAUAAAUUACAACAAUGUAAUAGAGCAAUUUGGCUGUCAAGCAUUCACACCGGAAUUGGCACAGAAAUAUGAGCUAAACCAUAUUUUAUUCACACGUGGGAUAGUAUUUGCGCACAGGGACUUUAUUCAUGCGAUAGAGUCAUUUACAGCAGCGAAUAAACCAAUUUAUUUGUAUACUGGCCGUGGUCCUAGUAGUGGGAGUAUGCACUUAGGCCAUGCAGUUGCAUUUUUAUUGUGUAAAUACCUUCAGGACAGGUUCAAGUGCAAAUUAGUCAUACAAAUAACAGAUGACGAGAAAUAUAUUUGGAAGAAUCUUUCAUUAGAUGAAACAAUCAGUUACGGAAGGGAGAAUGCCAAGGAUAUUGCUGCAUUUGGGUUUGAUCCCAAUCUUACGUAUAUUUUCUCAAAUACAUUAUCUAGUCACUUAUUCAUACGGAAUAUUCUUACGAUAGAGAAAACCCUCACACUAAAAGACAUGCAGAAAGUAUUUGGACUAACAGAGAGUGCAAAAGUAGGACAAAUUGCAUUCCCAGUGAAGCAGAUUGCACCGUGUUAUGCUACAUCAUUCCCAGAGUAUUUGCAUAAGGAUGCGAUCUGUUUAAUCCCCUCUUCAAUAGACCAGGAUCCAUAUUUUAGACUAGCCAGGGACAUAUCACAUAAACUAAAUGGGAUUAAACCAUGCACUAUUUAUACGUACUUCUUACCUGCAUUACAAGGUGCCUGUACUAAAAUGAGUGCAAGUGUCCAGGAGACAUCAAUAUACUUAAGUGAUACACCAGCAAUGAUUAAAAAGAAAAUAAUGAAAUAUGCAUUCUCGGGAGGACAGGCAACAUUAGAAGAGCACAGAGCAUUAGGAGGCAAUCCAGAUGUAGAUGUAGCAUAUCAGUACUUAAAAUUCUUCAUGGAGGAUGAUGACAAACUCGCAAAAUUAAAGGAGGGCUACAUAAAAGGAGAAAUUCUCAGUGGAGAAAUGAAGAAGGUUUGUAUUGAAGUUCUUCAGAAAUUCAUCAGUGAAUUCCAGCAGAGGAGAAGUGAAAUGACAGAUGAGCGUAUGAGUAAAUUUUACGAAUUUGUAUAAAAUACUUAAAGUGCCAAUAUUACUUAUACUCCAAUAAAC